AUGGACAAGGAAUUACAGCAAAACAAGCGAUUGCGAGAAAUGUUCCGCCUCUUUCAACGAUCGAAGAAACCUAGUAACAAAACGUUUUUUCAACGAGCAAGAAAGAACGACGUUGAAGAGUUUGAAACCGUUAACGUGACACUUCGACCGGCUGCGACGAAGAUGCGUCAAGCAAAAUUGAGAUGGAAGUGUGUAGACGACAAACAAGAAGUAGACGUUCGUCAGUUAAACAGAAAUGAUAGGGAUCUUGCAAUUUUGGACGGCGCAUACAAGCCUGAAUUGGUUUCAUCUCCAAAAGUGUCCAUGAAGUGGAAGAAACAAUCCACGCACGACGAAUUCGACAAGUCCUUAGAUAACACGCAAAGUUUCGAGGAGGAGAAGGAGCAAACAUCUCAACAGGAAGCCAUUGCACUCAGAGGCUUGGCUAUCAUGAAAAGGAAUCAGAUUCUCGAGCAAGUUCUGAAGCCACACGAAGCUCAUAUUUUAUCGCAAUUUUUCCAAGACGAAACGCUGAGACCAAAUAAGAUGAUCGUCCAACUCAUUGAUAAGGCUUUUGGUUACGGUAUUGAAGUGCUUCUAAUGAGACCAGAUCUUUUCGAGGACGUCGUUGACAAUGAACUGCGGCUUUUCAUGCUUGACAGCGCAAAGGCAAAGCGGAUUUUUCUGGAUUGCAUGCUUCUGCAUCCUGAGCACGUUCCAAUUUCUUGGGGAGGAGAUGUACUAGCAAAACGCCAACAGCUGCAUCAAAUUUUUACUCAAAAGGCAGCCUCGAAAUCUAUGGAGAAUGAAGGAACCCGUGAUAGAUUAAAAGAGAACGGAGAGAGCCGAAAUUCAAGAACGCAGACGGGAUUGUUCCACAGGAAAUCGCCAGCUUCUAAAUCAUCACGUAGAGCAGUUAAAGACGUAAUUAAUCGCUCGCUCUCCCCGACUGUUGAAGAGGAAAAGGAAAAGACGCAGGACUUUGAUUUCAUAAAAGCAGAUGGGUACGAAAAUGAAGGAAAAUUUUUACAAAGGGAGGCUAAACAGGAAAAAGUUACUAGGAAAAAGGUAGAAAACAAUAUUCAGGAAAGUGCAGAUGGACGCGGACAGCCAAUAACCCUUCCUACGAAUCAGAUUCCCAACCAAAGGACGUUGGGACAAGAUCGUAUUUACGCUCAGGAGCAUGGUAGACGGAUGUCGCGCGAUCGAAAGCCAAAAUUCCGAUCAGGAAAACGAAGAGAAAGGACAGGAGACGAAUAG